AUGAAACAAUAUUCAUGGAUUGGGCUCACUGUAGCUGCUAGUCUGUUUAUAGGUAUUGAGGGCCAGCCGGCGAGAUUUCAUCCUUCGGGGCGAAAUGACAUCUCCUUCACCAUAGCCACAUCGGAAACCUCAAACGAUCCCCCACGAGGCGACUUGCUCCUCCAAAUCCAGGCCCCGGAUUCCAUUCAAUGGAUUGGUAUUGGAAGUGGCAAUCAGAUGGCCGGAGCCAAUAUCUUCGUUGUCUACGCAUCAUCCGCAACGAACGUGGUUGUCUCCCCUCGUGAGGGAACAGGCCAUGUGCCCCCACUGCACAACGCGGAGAAUCACAUCACCGUACUUCCAGGUACAGGUAUUGCGAACGGCACUAUAACGGCCAGAUUCAAAUGGAAAAACUUCCUUGAUGCUCAUUGGGUUGCAUCUAAUGCCACCGACUCGGCCAGCAGCUGGAUCUGGGCUUACAAAAACGGGCCUCCCCUGCUCUCCGAGAAAGUUUCGGCACCCAUCGAAUAUCACGACGCCUUUGGAAGGGAGCUUGUUGACCUGAGACGCGCACAGUCAACAUCAAAUUUCAAUAUUGAAGAUGGCGUCUUCACAGAUUCAUCAAGCCCAGAAAUCCAAAAUCUGCCGUACAUGGCGACCGCACAUGGAUACAUGAUGGCACUUGCAUUUGUGUUGCUAUUUCCCACUUUUGCUCUUCUCGUUCCUCUCUCAAGCUUUAUUACAAUUCCUGUGAUAUCCGUCCAUGCCCCUUUACAGGGCCUCGCUCUGGCUACGGCAAUAGCGGGGGCUGGACUGGGUCUGAAGAUGUGGAUAGGGGGAAACAGUCAACCGGCCGCGCAUCCCAUCAUCGGUAUCAUUGUUGUAGCAACGCUAACCUUCAUCCAACCGGCUCUUGGUUGGGCUCAUCACCUUCGAUUUAAGCGGAACGGGGAAAAGAGCUACUUUUCUUUCGGACACCGGUGGCUAGGUCGUUCCAUGCUGGCUCUUGGUGUAAUCAACGGCGGACUUGGAUUUUGGUGGGAGGGGCCAGUUACUGGAUCCCUAAAAACGGGAAUGGUUAUCUAUGCGGCUAUUGCUGGUGUGGUGUGUGUGGUAUAUCUCAUUUUGCAUCUGUUUAUCAGAGCGAAGUUUGCGUCGCGGCGAGAGCAUGUACAGUGUAUUCGGUUAGAAGAUGCUAGUGCUCCCUCCUCCAAAAGGGCGGACAGCUGGCAGGUCGUGCACGGACAGUGA